AUGCCGGACAUGGAGAAGAAUCAAGAGCUGAAGCCAGAUGGGGCCGAAGAGGCGCCAAAACCCUCUGGCUUCAAGAGCUACAUGCGCAUAUUCAACUACGCCGACAGAACGAGCUGGAUUUUGUACGCCAUCGCCAUAGCCGCCGCCAUCGCAGCUGGCUCGGCCCUUCCGUUGAUGGAUCUGAUCUUUGGCAAGUUCGUGACGACAUUUAACAACUUUGCCCUGGGCGCGGUCGGUCCGGACGAUUAUAUGAGGGAGGUGUCGAAAUUUGCCCUAUACUUGGUAUAUUUGUUUAUAGCCAAAUUCGUCCUCGUCUACAUCCAUACUGUGACCGCAUCGAUCGCGGCCAUUCGAGCGACGAAAGCGCUGCGGCUGGACUUUUUGCAAAGUCUCUUGCGCCAGGACAUGAGUUACUUUGAUUCGAAGAACGCCGGGUCACCAUCGGUCAAAGUCACCACAAAUGGCAAUCUGGUCACCAACGGCAUUUCGGAGAAGCUGUCUGUCUUUGUUCAGAGCUGCGCGACUUUUGCAGCGGCGUUUGUAGUCGCCUUUGCCGUGCAGUGGAAGCUCACGCUCAUUACCGUCUGCAUCGUCCCGACCAUCGUCAUCGUCACCGGAAUCUGCAUGGGCAUCGACGUGAAGAAUGAGGACAAGCUGAUGGGGAUCUAUUCGCGCGCUAGUCUGGUCGCCGAAGAGGUCUUCUCGAGUAUCUCGACGGUUCAUGCUUUCUGGCUGCAACCGGUGAUGGCGAAGCGGUACGAGGAUUACCUGGCCGAAUUGGAGCGCGUCGGCAUGAAGAAAUCACCAAAUUAUGGGGUGUUGUUCUCAACCGAAUUCUUCUGCGUUUACGCGGGAUAUGGUCUUGCCUUUUGGCAGGGUAUCCGGAUGUACGCUCGUGGCGAGGUCCACGAGCCGGGGGAUAUCGUAACUGUAAUCUUCGCUGUAGUCGUUGCUGCUACAGCUCUGACCCAAGUCGCGCCUCAAAUCAUCACCAUCACAAAAGCAGCCGCUGCUGCGGAUGAGCUCUUCCGCGUCAUCGACAAGCAGUCUGCCAUAGACUCCCUCUCAACCGCAGGGCUGGCGCCUGAGACAUGUGUCGGCGAGAUCGAAAUAAAGGCUCUCGACUUCGCCUACCCCUCUCGCCCAGAUACCCAAGUCCUCAACGGCCUGAACCUGAGCGUCCCCGCCGGUAAGACAACCGCCCUGGUCGGUGCCAGUGGUUCGGGAAAGAGUACCAUAGUCGGGCUCCUCGAGCGCUGGUAUGACCCAGCGGCCGGUACAAUCCUACUCGACGGCAUCGAAAUCCAGAAACUCAACAUUGCCUGGCUACGCACGCAGAUUCGCCUCGUGCAGCAGGAACCGGUUCUCUUUAGCGGGACGAUCUUCGACAACGUCGCUUUCGGCUUGGAAGGGACGUCGUACGCAGAGGCCCCGUACGAGCAGAAGCUUGCUCUUGUGAAAGAAGCUUGCCGGGAUGCUUACGCGCAUGAGUUCAUUGAGAACCUGCCCAGACAGUAUGAUACCCAGAUUGGAGAACGUGCGCGCAUGCUGUCAGGAGGCCAGAAGCAACGGAUUGCCAUUGCUCGGAGCAUCAUUUCUCGGCCGUCGGUUCUGCUGCUGGAUGAAGCCACGUCUGCUCUUGAUCCCAAGGCUGAGAAGAUUGUCCAGAGCGCGCUGGAUAAUAUCUCUGUCGGCCGGACGACCAUCACCAUUGCGCACAAACUGUCUACGGUGCAGAAGGCGGAUAACAUUGCUGUCAUGUCCGCUGGGAGAAUCAUCGAGCAGGGGACGCACCAGGAACUGAUUGCCAGAGACGGUGCUUAUGCCCGGCUUGUCAGGGCGCAGGACCUGGAGAAGGCAGAUGGCAAGGCUCAAGAGCAGGCUGACUCGGACGAGGAAGCUACUGAGAAAAAGGAUGAUGCAAAGUCUGCCGCGAAGCUGUCGCUGCAUCAUACUAGGAGUGUGGGUGCGGAAUCUCUUUCAGCGGAUGAGAAGGCGAAAACAGCUGCCAAGGAGACUAUGGGAUACAGUCUCAUUCGAUGUCUGUGGCUUUUGAUAAAGGAGCAGCGGCAGCUAUGGGGACUAUACUCCCUUGUGGCGAUUGCGUGUAUUCUUGGAGGCGGCACAUUCCCAGCACAAGCCGUCAUUCUCGCGCGGACAUUCCAAGUCUUUCAACUACGCGGCAGUGAGGCUGUUCGUCGGGGAGAUUUCUGGGCGCUGAUGUUCUUCGUUGUCGCCCUUGCCAACCUCUUCAUCUACUUCUGCCUGGGAUGGAUGGCCAAUGUCAUCAUUCAGAAAGUCGGCCGGAGGUACCGCCGCGAACUCUUCAGGAACACCAUGAAGCAAGAGAUUGCGUUCUUCGACUUGGAACACAACGCAACCGGGGCGAUUUCAUCUCGGCUGUUGAUCCACGCCUCGAACCUGAACGAGCUCUUGGGGAUCAACUCUGGCUUAAUUCUGAUCAAUAUUGUCACGGUCAUCUCUGUGUCCGUCUUGGGGAUUGCAUAUGGCUGGAAACUCGGCCUCGUCUGCGUCUUUGGUGCUCUCCCUCCCCUGCUGCUUAGUGGCUACUUCCGCAUCCGCCUUGAGUACAAGCUGGAAGAAGACACCUCGGCGCGCUUCGCCAGCAGUGCCGCGAUUGCGGCAGAGGCAAUCUCGGCCAUCCGCACGGUGGCGUCUCUUACGCUAGAGAACAAGAUGCUUCAGAUCUACCGGGAAAGACUCACCGUGGUCGCAGAGCAAUCUGUGAAAGCACUGACUUUUACGAUGUUCUGGUACGCACUGACCCAAUCCAUCAACUUCCUGGCCAUGGCCCUAGGCUUCUGGUACGGGGGUAAGCUCAUCUCGACGGGUGAGUACACCAACGAGCAGUUCUUCGUGGUCUUCACUGCCGUCGUGGUCGGAGGCGAGAACGCAGCUGCUAUCUUCCAGUACACGACCAGCAUCACAAAAGCAACAGGCUCGACAAACUACAUCUUCUGGCUGCGCCAGCGGGUCCCCGCUAUCGACAAUAGCUUUUCCGACGAGCCUCCUUCAGACGGAUCACAAGACCCUGAACCGGUUACCGUCGACUGCCACGCCCUCGACUUUGCCUAUCCUUCUCGCCCGCGCUCCAACGUCAUUUCCGGCAUCGACGUUACCAUCCCACCGGGAAAAUUCGUCGCCUUUGUCGGUCCAUCCGGCUGCGGCAAGUCCACAAUGAUCAAUCUACUGGCCCGCUUCUACGACCCAACAUCCGGCUACAUCGCGGUCAACGACCAGCCAAUCCACGACAUCAGCCCACAAGAUCACCGUCGCCGCUUGGCACUCGUCCAGCAAGAGCCAGUCCUGUACCAAGGCAGCAUCCGCGAGAACGUCGCCAUGGGUCUGGUUGAAUCGAAGGAAGCGACAGAAGCACAAAUCGAACAAGCCUGCAAAGACGCCAACAUAUUUGAUUUCGUCGUAUCGUUGCCUGACGGCUUGAACAGCCAGGUUGGCGCUCGCGGCGCGAAGCUAUCUGGUGGGCAGCGCCAGCGUGUCGCUAUUGCCCGGGCUCUGAUUCGCGAUCCGAAGAUCCUGCUGCUGGAUGAAGCAACCAGUGCGCUGGAUACGGAGAGCGAGAGGAUUGUGCAGGCGGCGCUGAGCGAGGCUUCUAAGGAUGGGAAGAGGAGUACCAUUGCGGUUGCGCAUCGGUUGAGUACGAUCAAGGACGCGGACUGCAUCUUUGUGUUCCGGGCUGGGAGGAUUGUGGAGGCGGGUAGUCAUGCCGAGUUGCUGGAGAAAAGAGGUAGUUACUAUGAGAUGUGCAAGGGCCAGGCGUUGGAUAAGGCUUUGGGUUGA